AUGUGAAAGAUAUCAUGUAUUUUCUUUGCAACUGUCUGUCCAUGUUACAGAUUUGGAAAGAACAUGAAAUGAUAUGGUAUACAUUUUUGUAUCAGGUUUGUUUAUUUUCUGUCCCAUUGAAAUUGCACAUUUUGGGGAAUGUGAAGAAAACUGUAAAUGUGGAUGUAAUGCUCCAAAAUUUGAGGAGAUAAAGCCAUUUCCCAUCUUGGAUCAGCUCCCUGGCGUCCAUUACUGCAUCAACAGUUCUCCACCAUUGAUGAUAGCGAUUGCUUUAGGGUUUCAACAUUUUCUUGUAGCUCUUGGCACUACUAUUUUCAUCCCUACCAUAUUUGUGAAUCAAGUGGGAGGCUCCAAUUUUCAAAAGGUUAAGUUGAUACAAACGUUUAUGUUUGUCUCUGGAGUAAGCACAUUGUUACAGUCCUCGUUUGGAACGCGGCUUCCAUCUGUGAUGCGUGGAUCUUACUCUUUUCUCAUCCCAAUGGCUUCUAUUAUACACUCCAAACGAUUUGAAUCAUGCUCUAACCCUGAAAAGAGAUUUGAGUCGGCGAUGAGGGACGUGCAGGGCGCUUUGAUUAUCUCCUCAUGCUUCCAACUUGUAAUAGGUUUCUUAGGGUUAUGGAGAAUUGUUGUUAGGUUACUUAGUCCACUCUCCAUGGUUCCUAUUGUGACUUUUACUGGACUUGGGUUGUAUUCUCUUGGCUUCCCAUUGCUAAUAAAAUGCGCGGAAGUUGGGCUCCCGGAGUUAGCUUUAGUUGUUUUAAUCUCACAGUAUCUUCCUUAUUAUCUUAAAAAAGCAGGGCGAGUAUGUGACCUGUACGCGAUUGUGUUCUCAAUCGCGUUUGCAUGGAUUUACGCUAUAAUUUUGACAUCAAGUGGUGCAUAUAAAAACUCAAACUCAGAAACUCGAUCUAGUUGCAGUUCCGAUCACUCAAGACUUGUUAGUGCUGCUCCAUGGAUUUACAUUCCUUACCCGUGUCAGUGGGGAAACCCGACGUUUAAUGCUGGAAGCGUUGUUUCCAUGACGGUAGCAGCCCUUGUUGCUUCAGUUGAGUCAACAGGUGUAUUUCUUGUUACGGCAAGAUUUGGAAGCGCCACACUAGCCCCGGCGUCUGUCCUAAGCCGUGGAACGGGCUGGAUGGGAGUUGGCACCAUGAUGGCGGGCUUGUUUGGUUGUCCAACGGGCUGUAGUGCAUCGGCAGAAAAUGCUGGAUUUUUGGCAAUGACAAAAGUUGGAAGCAGAAGAGUGGUUCAAAUAUCAGCUGUCUUUAUGAUUUUCUUCUCAAUAGUUGGGAAAUUUGGAGCAAUUUUUGCAUCUAUUCCUCUUCCAAUUUUUGCAGCUCUUUUCUGUAUCUUCUUCGGCUACGUUUCUUCUGGUGGACUUGGUUUUCUUCAAUUCUGCAAUUUAAACAGCUUCAGAACAAAAAUGAUACUCGGUUUGUCGUUCUUCCUUGGACUUUCUAUACCGCAAUACUUCAGGGAACAUGAAAUUGCUUCCGGGCAUGGCUCCAUUCAGACGCGUGCUAGAUGGUUCAAUGACAUGUUAACAGUCAUCUUUACAUCCCAUGUGACGGUGUCUGCUGUGAUCGCUAUUCUGUUGGAUCGGACUCUACCUCGCGAGAAUGAUGAUGGUCGGAGAGACAAUGGGUUGCAGAUGUGGGAACGGUUUGUCAAGUACAACACGGAUCCUAGAACCGACGAAUUCUAUAGAUUGCCUUUCAAUCUUAAUAGUUUUUUUCCGCCUGUAUAAGUAUAGAAUUUCCUUUUGCUGGGAACAUGGAUUUUGCAAGUGUGUUUUUCAUUGCCUUCU